AAUUUGGAAUUGGAAUCGGGUUUUUUUGUUUUUCGGAUGUGUAGUCGUUUAAUCGAGAAAGAAGAAGGAAGAAAGUGAAUAGUUGGGUUGGUGUUCUAGAAUUGAUUGAUGCUUCAACCAAUGAAUAUGGAUAAGUUCAGUUUUACACUUUUAAUGGCUAUUUGGAUGUAAUCAAGAAUCAAGAAAGAGAAGAAAGAAGAAAGUUUGAGAGUGGUUUCGACCGAUAAACAUGGAUAGGUCUAUGUCGUCAGCGAGUUCAACGGCUACACGGAAGGUCGGUGAUAGGGUUCCUGAUCAGUUCCCGGCUGGCCUUCGGGUUUUGGUUGUUGAUGAUGAUCCAACUUGUCUUAAAAUUCUGGAGAAAAUGCUUCGGAAUUGCCUCUAUGAAGUAACCACAUGUAAUCAGGCCAUGGUUGCAUUGUCUAUGCUUCGAGAGAGUAAAUCUGGGUUCGAUAUUGUUCUAAGUGAUGUCCACAUGCCAGACAUGAAUGGAUUUAAGCUCCUUGAGCACAUUGGGCUGGAGAUGGACUUGCCUGUUAUAAUGAUGUCAGCUGAUGAUGGAAAAGAUGUUGUUAUGAAGGGUGUCACUCAUGGUGCAUGCGAUUACCUGAUCAAACCAGUUCGGAUUGAGGCAAUCAAAAACCUAUGGCAGCAUGUAGUUCGGAAGAGGAGGAAUGAAUUGAAGGACUUUGAGCAAUCAGGGAGUGUGGAAGAUGGUGACCGAUCCCAAAAGACAUCUGAUGAUGUAGACUAUGCAUCCUCAGUGAACGAAGGGAGCUGGAAGAGCUCCAAGAAGAGGAAAGAUGAUGAAGAUGAAGGGGAGGAAAGGGAUGAUACUUCAACAUUGAAGAAGCCAAGGGUCGUCUGGUCCGUUGAGCUCCAUCAACAGUUUGUUGUUGCUGUGAAACAACUGGGAAUUGACAAGGCUGUUCCUAAGAAAAUUCUGGAGCUAAUGAAUGUCCCUGGGCUCACUAGAGAAAAUGUUGCCAGCCACCUUCAGAAAUAUCGUUUGUACCUUAGAAGGUUAAGUGAAGUAUCACAGCAUCAGAGUGGAGUAAAUACAUCUUUCAUGAGUCCACAAGAAGCAAAUUUCAGGUCAAUUUCUUCAUUUGAUGGGAUCGAUCUCCAAGCCCUUGCUGCUGUCUCAGGUCAACUCCCACCUCAGAGUCUUGCCUCACUACAGGCAGGACUUGGGAGGACAACAGCAACCUCAGGUGUAACCAUGCCUACUGUUGAUCAGAGAAACAUAUUUAGUCCUGAAAUAUCAAAGUUAAGAUUUGGAUCUGGGCAACAAUUAAGCAACAGCGGUAAGCAGGUGAACCUACUGCCGGGACUCCCAACCAGCAUGGAACCAAAACAGCUACCUCAUCCACACCAGUCAGUCCAGUCAUUUGGUAGUGUUGGUAUGCAAGUCAGUGAGGGAACCUCAACCUUUCUAAACAUGCCGACAUCUCUCAGAACGACCUUGUCAAAUGGUAUGCAUGGUGUACAUGGCAACCAUAGCAGUCCUUUAAUGAUGCAGAUGGGUCAAACCCCAUUGAGGGUUCAGUCAUUGAAUGAGAUAGUAGGUGGUCAUGCUUCUAGGAUUCCACCAACCGUAGGGCAACAAAUAUUCUCAAAUGAGAGUUCCAGUCAGGUCUUGAACAGAAAUAGGAACAUUAUAAAUGGUAGAAGUGCAGCAUGCAACCCUAUUUCCCAAGUCUCGUCAGUGGUUGAUUUUUCAAUGAACCACAUGACAGAACUGCCUGGAAAUAGUUUUCCUCUUUCUAGUGCUCCCGAGGUAUCUACUCUCGCAUCUACAGGGAUGUUUCAAGAAGGGGGAAACAUGGGAUUAAAAGGAUCAAGAGGCUUUGCUCCUAGUUAUGAUAUAUUUAAUGAGCUACACCAGCCCAAAUCCCAAGACUGGGAAUUACAGAGUGUGGGUCUAAAUUUUGAUGCAUCUCAACAUCUCAAUUCCAUCAUUCAGAGCAACACAGACCAUGCACAAUCGGUUAUGGGGUGUCAAGGGUUUGCUUCUAGCUUGAAGAAUGGACAGAACAUGAAUAUGCAUGUUGUUGGCAAUGCCUUCGUAUCAUCUGGAGAAGCAAAUGAACAUGGGAACAAAGAAAACAGUGCACAAAGGCCUAACAAUCCUCUGGUGGACAAUUCAUUUAGAGUAAAGUCUGAAGUACUACCUGAUUUGAGCUGUGAGACACUGUUUAUUCCCGAUCACUUUGGUCAGGAUGACCUCAUGAGUGCACUUCUCAAACAGCAGCAAGGAGUUGGGCCGGUUGAAAGCGAGUAUAACCUUGAUGGAUAUUCCAUGGACAACAUUCCAGUGUAGAUGACCCAAUUAUUUCCAUGGACAAUGGUAGCAGUGCUGAUCCACAGAUCUGGGUUGCUAUGAUUUUGUUAGUCUAGUUCUGUUGUGAGUUCAAAGAAUCAAGUUACAUCAGACAAAAAUAUGGUGGAGCAUGAAGUUUUAUCUGUUGUGGAUCCAAUGUCCUGAAUGUAGGAAACAACUGCAUGAUAUAGAAAGGUGGUGUACAUGCAAAAUUUUGACUGGUUUUAGUAUCUCAAGCUAACAAGUAAGAUCUAGUGUUAGAGAGAGGGUUAUGAAGUUCAGUAUCGGUUCAAAUGAUGGUAGUUUAGAAAUUAAGAUUCCAAGGCCUCGACAUCCUGGUGGAGAUGGAGAUCUUUUCUAACUCAAAUAACACUUCAGGUUUGCUCUUUAGGAAUUGAGUUGAUGUACAGAUUCCGUUUGAUUGCUCAAGGCAUGAAUUUGAAUUUUCUAUGUAGUUUAUUUUCUUGUAUUUAGUACUGUACUGGGGGACUUCAGUUUUUUGAGUUAACGCUGUUGAUGACUUCUACUCGUCUAAUAAUGUGUUUGUUCAUUUAGA